AUGCGUCAUUUUUUCAAGCCUUCCGGAGGUUCCGGAAGCCAGCCCACCAAGCCAUCUCCAAAGAAAAGAACCAAGCCAUCUCCGGCUUCCGUCCCCAUCACACCGGAUGUCGAGGUUCCACCCAAAGCUUCCUCCGCCACCAAGCCGGAUCACAAGGAUGUCAUCAACGUUGAUGACCUUCCCGAGGGCACAACCGACCAUGGUGAUUCCGGGAAGGGUGCCUCCUCGUCUGCACCUCCGCCUGAGCAACCAGCUGCCACCUCAGCUGAACCUACACCCAAGCAACAAGAGCAAAAGGCGCAGCUUAUUCACGCCUCCGGCAUGCUCCAAGCGCACCCUCCUCCUUCUCCGUCUCUGCAAAGGCUCCCCCUCUCUCAACGCCACGCGGAAGUUUCCGCCAUGAUGGAGAAGGUAUGGGGGCCUGCGAACACGGAGAUGAAGGAGCUCUCUGACCUCGAGAGCGACCUCAAGAUCUUCUUUGCCAAGCACAAGGAAAUACGCCAGACCACGCGGAAGCUACAUGAAGACCUUCGCGUCCACGUGCUGGAACAUAUGACAGAGAUAGAGGGGCUACGCCAGAACACUGAAAAUAGCCAGAAGGCUAUAAAGCACUUGGAGACCCGCCUGAACGGUAAGAACUCCGGGUUGAAUGUAAUAAACUGCCAAGCACUCCGCCUACGACAGCCUGCCGCCAAAGUCAAAGUACUCGAAGCGGAGAACGAAUCCCUCAAAGCCUUUAUUGACGAAUCCUCCGAGAAGGAAAAUCUGGCGAGGAAGGAGCUCUCUGAGAAGCACGCCCGCGACUUGGCGGAACUCACUGACAAACUUAAGAAGAGCCAGCACAGGGUAACAUCCUUGGUGGCCAAAAAUAAGGUUCAGGAGGCGGAGGCGGAGGUGAGCCUUGGCUUUGAGUGGUCCAAGGAGUUAGCCCUCAAGAGGACGGAGGCAUAUGAUGAAGCGCGGAGUUCGAUUGAUAGCCUUGUCGGAGCUUGUCGUGAAAUUGCCAAGUCUUUGUCUCUGAAGAGGGCCAAAACCACCGUAAUUGACACCGUGACCAGGCUCAUGAAGCAGGUGCCGAAACUUAUCAAGGACUGGCAAGAGUCGUCUGCUCGCGGAGUCGCCUCCCUCGUCUUGGCUACUUGCAAAGCGCACUUCCCCGCCAUGAAGUUCGCGGAUAUCGCACGCGACCCUCCAAAGGGUGCCAAUAUGAGGGCGAUCCUCGCGGAAACCAAGGGAUUCGAUCGACUCUUUGUUUCACGGGUUAACCACUCAUUCUGGUACCACAAGUACGAUCUUCCCAAGGGCUUCGUGGAGGCGGAAAUUGAAGAAGAAGGCGCCGAGGAAGAGUACUAUGGGGAGGGAUCCGGCUCGAGCACUAGUGCAGUUGGUGAAGGCUCCGAGGAGAACUCUGAUGUUGGCUCCAACGACGUCUCCGGCGAGGGCUCCGACGACGACUCCGCCUACGUGGCUUCUGACGAGGAUCCGUCAUCCAAAUAG